UUAAUUAUUUUCCGACAGAUCGGCCAGGAUGAAAGCGACUGGUGGCAAAAUAUUGGUGGUGAUAACAGUCCUGCUCAUCGUCACGCUCUGCGUCACGGCUGCGGGGUUAAUGAAAUCAGUCACUAACGCGAAGCGUAGCCCAGACUCAUGCCACCCUCUGGUGAUCGCCCACCGAGGAGCCAGCGGCUACGUGCCCGAACACACACUCGCCGCCUACGGCCUAGCCAUCAUAAUGGGUGCUGACUACGUCGAACCCGACGUCGUCAUGACCAAAGAUGGACACCUGGUGGCUAGGCAUGACAAUGAACUGGGUCUAACUACAGAUGUCAGUCAGCGCCCUGAAUUUGCCGACCGACAUCGAACUCAAAAUGUAGAUGGAAGUGAAUUGACAGGCUGGUUUACCGAAGACUUUACUCUUGAUGAACUUAAGACAUUGCGAGCAAUUGAACGUAUACCUCAGAACCGACCUGGCAAUGCGCGCAUGGAUCGUUCAUUUGACAUUCCUACUGUCCAGGAAAUUAUUGACUUAGUGAAAAGCUUGGAAAUAAGUCAACGCCGAACCAUCGGUAUUUAUCCUGAAAUCAAGCACAGCACUCACUUCCAGCGACUGGGACUAGCAAUGGAAGCACCUCUUGUGCAACUUCUACACAACAAUGGGUACGAAGGACGUGAUGCUCCUAUAUAUAUCCAAUCAUUUGAAGUUAGUAACUUGAAAGAACUCAAAAAGAUUACUGACCUCCGACUUCUUCAGCUUUACAGCAGCGACCAAUCUUCUCAACCUUUUGAUCAUGCUGUACUAGGUACCAAUCUCACUUAUGGCGCAAUGGCUACAGCCGAAGGACUAAUAGAUAUAGCGUCGUACGCAUAUGCAGUCGGCCCCGACAAGAGUUACAUCAUUCCACGCGACGAAAACGACAACCUUGGUACCCCGACUACGUUCGUGGCUGACGCCCAUGCGGCAGGUUUGAAGGUGCAUCCUUACACGUUUCGUGCUGAAAAUCCUUUCCUGCCAGCUGAGUUUCGUAGCAGCGAACAAUCUGACGCAGCUAUUGGUAACUUUAAGGGAGAGAUUAGCGCUUUUCUGGCGGCAGGUAUAGACGGUCUUUUUGCUGACCAGCCUGAUAUACCCGUCCGUAUGCGGGGACCAUGUCUAUAAAAGCUAUUUCUUAGAGUAGGAUAUAUACUAAUAUGGACAUGCACAAUAACUUGGUAUUUCACUGUAGGUACAAGAUCAAGGGGC